GUUCAACUUCCGGUGGUGAAAGCCUACGAACACAUUUAUCUGAAAAAGAAAUGGACAUCUAUGAGCCUCAUGCGAGUGAAGGCCCUGGCUUUGUGGGAAUCAAAUUUUGUAAAGAAUGUAACAACAUGUUGUACCCCAAGGAAGACAAAGAAACAAAAGUAUUGCUGUAUGCUUGUCGGAACUGUGAUUACCAGCAGGUGUCUGAUAACCCUUGCAUCUAUGUCAACAAGAUUCAGCACGAAGUCGAUGAAAUCACUCAGAUUAUAGGUGAUGUCAUAGCUGAUCCCACUUUACCUAGAACAGAAGAUCAUCCAUGUCCAAAAUGUUCUCACCGGGAAGCUGUGUUCUUUCAGUCCCACAGCACAAAGGCUGAGGAGGGAAUGAGACUGUAUUAUGUGUGCACCAACCAACAGUGUGUUCAUAGGUGGACAGAGUGAAAGGGAAACCCUCUUUACAUUGACUUGUCUAGUUUCUUCGUUUUCAUGGAAGUGAAAUCAGUAAAGGGACAUUCCUUCUGCCAUAUUGUGAAUUUCCACCAGGAAGACAUUGGGUGUACUGAGUAGAUACUGUACCUGAUUGGAAGUUAUAUGUCUGUUCCAUUUAUUGUGGAAAACAACAUGAGCUGAUCUGGGCCUAGAACUGAUGUAGAUAUCCUGAGUUGAAAGCUGUCAUACAUCAUAUAUACCUUAACCUUUGAUGUUCCAUUAUCAUUUAUUAGUUUCAUUAUAUUUAAAUUCUUAAGAAUUUCAUCUGACAGAGCCACACCAUGCUAGGAGAAGCAGUAGUCACAAGUUCAUCCAUGAGAUUUGUUGGAAAUAAGCUGUAUGGAAUUGUAUUUUCAUUGUCUUAAGAUAGUUGAUGUUACUAUAAUGUCUGUUUACAUAAUCGUGCACAUAGUUCUGAUAUGAUCUGAUAUACUUUAUCCGUAUUUCUAAACAAUCGUUCAUGAUGUACAUGUAAGAAAACUUUACCAUAAGAAACAUUGAAGUAAAAAAUGUGAUAUAAAAAUGUUGUAUUUGUUAUUGUGUUGUCACAAAUUUUGAUGUAAGUGAGGCAGUCAUAUGUAUUGUUGGAGGAGUCAGAACUUGUCCAGGUGGUUGAGAAAACCAGAGGAAAGCCCACAAAUCCCGGUUUCAGUUUAACCACAUUGGUCAAGGCUCUGGUCUGAUUGUAGAACCAAUCUGACCAUUGUGUGUUGAUAGUAUAGUCGUUGAGAUAAACUAGAUAUAAAGACCAUAGUCAAGGCAUCAUGCGUAAGACUGAUGAUAACCCAACCCUUACUCCUGCUGUAUUAAUAAAAUGCGUCUCUUGUAAUCUGAAAUGUCAGACCUUCCGGGGUCUAGGCGGCCCGUGGAGCUUUGCCCACAGUUCUCCACCACAAGUCCUGUGAUGUUCUACCACCCCUAAACAUUUGAUUAUCCUAUCCGUUUU